AUGAUGUCUUAUCUUAAGCAACCACCUUACGCAGUCAAUGGCCUGAGUCUCACAACCUCGGGCAUGGAUUUGUUGCAUCCGUCCGUCGGUUAUCCCGGGCCUCUGGCUCCGAUCGCAGCCACCCCGCGGAAGCAGCGGCGGGAGCGCACCACCUUCACCCGGGCGCAGCUGGAUGUGCUGGAAGCUCUUUUCGCCAAGACCCGCUACCCCGACAUCUUCAUGCGGGAGGAGGUGGCCCUGAAAAUCAACCUGCCCGAGUCCAGAGUGCAGGUGUGGUUUAAAAACCGCCGAGCCAAGUGCCGGCAGCAGCAGCAGCAGCAGCAGAACGGGGGCCAGAACAAGGUGCGGCCGGCGAAGAAGAAGAAUUCUCCAGCCCGGGAAGUGAGCUCGGAGAGCGGGACCAGCGGGCAGUUCACUCCCCCCUCCAGCACCUCAGUCCCCACCAUCUCCAGCAGCAGCGCCCCCGUGUCCAUCUGGAGCCCGGCGUCCAUCUCCCCGCUCUCAGACCCCCUGUCCACCUCUUCCUCCUGCAUGCAGAGAUCCUAUCCCAUGACCUACACCCAGGCAUCGGGCUACAGCCAAGGAUACGCUGGAUCGACCUCCUAUUUCGGAGGCAUGGACUGUGGAUCUUACUUGACCCCUAUGCACCACCAGCUGCCCGGGCCGGGGGCCACCCUGAGUCCCAUGGGUGCCAACGCGGUCACCAGCCACCUCAACCAGUCUCCAGCCUCCCUCUCCACCCAGGGCUAUGGAGCCUCCAGUUUGGGCUUUAACUCCACCACCGAUUGCUUGGAUUAUAAAGACCAAACGGCCUCCUGGAAGUUAAACUUCAAUGCUGACUGCUUGGAUUAUAAGGACCAGACGUCGUCAUGGAAGUUCCAGGUUUUGUGAAGAACCUUUGUGGUACCCCGGAGAAACCGCGACGAGAACGAACAGGCUGGGCUGAGUGCUCCAGUUUUAGUCAGGUCUUGGUUAAAUUAAAGAGAAAAAUAACUCCACGGACAAACAAAUGAACAA